AUGUUCAAGCUUACCUCCACUGCCCUUUCUCGCGUUGCCCAGCAGGCCCGUGUUCGUACCUUUGCAACCACCGCUCGUACGAGUGACAAGGUGCUCGCCGUCCUCUACGACGGUGGUGAGGCCGCCAAGCGCCAGCCCAAGCUUCUUGCUUGCACCGAGAACGAGCUUGGCUUCCGCAAAUGGCUUGAGGACAGCGGUCACGAGCUCGUCGUCACCUCUGAUAAGGAAGGCCCCAACUCGACUUUUGUGAAGGAGCUCGCCACCGCCGACAUUCUCAUUACUACACCUUUCCAUCCUGCCUAUCUUACUGCAGAGCUCAUUGAGAAAGCCCCUAAGCUUAAGUAUUGUGUCACUGCUGGUGUUGGCUCUGACCACAUUGACCUCGAGGCCGCCAACAAGCGCAAGCUUGGUGUGUAUGAGGUCACUGGCUCCAACGUCACCUCUGUGGCUGAACACGCCGUCAUGACCAUGUUGGUGCUUGUCCGCAACUUUGUGCCCGCCCACUACCAGUACACCACGCAAAAGGGCUGGAACGUUGCUGACAUUGCCCAGAACUCAUACGAUAUUCAGGACAAGGUCGUGGGUACUGUGGGUAUUGGCCGUAUCGGCCGUCUUAUCCUUCAGCGUCUCCGUCCAUUCGGCAUGAAAGAUAUGCUCUACUACGACUACAAUAAGCUCGACCAAGAGACCGAGACUGCUCUUGGCUGCCGCUACGUCGACUCUAUUGAGAAGCUUGUAUCCCAGUGCGACAUUGUUACCCUCAAUGUUCCUCUGUACGAGGGUACCAAGGGCAUCUUUAACAAGGAGCUCAUAAGCAAGAUGAAGCCCGGCGCGUGGCUCAUCAACACUGCGCGUGGCGCCCUCACUGUCAAGGAGGACAUUGCUGCCGCCCUCGAAAGCGGUCAGCUUAACGGCUACGGUGGGGACGUCUCGUAUCCCCAGCCUGCUCCCGCAGAGUACCCGUGGCGCACCAUGGUCAACACUUGGAACCCCAAGGAAGGUGGCGGUAACGCUAUGACCCCUCAUAUUUCUGGUACAUCUCUUGACGCCCAGCUGCGCUACGCUGCAGGUACCAAGCAGAUCCUCGACAAUAUUUGGAGCGGCCGUCCUCAGCUUGACAAGGACAUUAUUGUCGAAAACGGCAAAUACGUCUCGCCGGCCUACGGCCAGCACCACUAG